AUGCGGCUGUGCGGUUUGCUUCGCCAUCCGGCGUUGAAUUGCACGGCUGUCCAUUACGCCCAUCACAGCGAGAGUUCGAGGAAGAAGAAGAUGAGGAGGAGGAGAGAACAAAAGAGGCGAGCGUCCCAUGACACCGUAAGUCUUCGUGACUCGGUCGGCAUGUUGAUUCCCGAGGCCUGCCUGCGCCGCGAUCGACUGUCGCCCGACGCCUUGGAUCGCUCCGUUGAGGAGAAGGCGCGUGAGAUUCUUGGUCUUGGCGCGGACUCCGCACAUGCGUGGGGUCCGUACGGCGCGCAAUUUGACAGGCGUGACAUCCGCUUUCAAGGAAAGAACGGCGACAUGCGUCAAUUUGCGGAGAUGGCAACGAGAGCUGCAUCGAUGGAAAAGUGGAGGGGCAUGUCGCCGCAAGGCGACGCAUUGCUGAAGGACGCCGUUGCCUUUGUUGGAGGAAAACAGCAGAGGCGGCAGUUGUUAGGAACAUCUACCGACAAUUCCAAGGAGAAUUUCAAGUGCGGGAGUGCUCCGAUGCUGCAGAGGGUGAUGAAACGCUACGGCGGCGAUUUCUCUCCACUUGCACAUGCCAUGGCUGCUGGUGGCGUUGCUGAGGCAAAUGCCGGGAAUUGUCAUGAUGAUGAUGGUGGCGAUGGGAAUAGCACUCCAAUAUCGGGGACAAACCGGAAGCCGGGGGCGAAGACGCUGUCGCCGUCAGUGACGGAAGGAAAAAGACGAGUGGAGCGUCGUCAACGUCGGCUUGAGCGCAUUUUAAACCGUGAGGGGAAUGUGCAUCCUUGCGUGUAUCAAGGUGGUUGUGCAUCAAAAGAUGGGGCGGCAAUGUGUCCUUUUGUCUUGUAUCCUGCAACGGUGUGUGUGGCGUGGCUGCGGCAUGGCCGCUGCGACGAUGCCCUGCGUGGAUGUUGCCCAUGGUGGCAUGGCUGCGUUGCUGAUACCUCCAAGAGAGAAGUAGUCGGAAACCGUCUCUUUUUUGACGCAGGGGAUGCAGAUUUUGGCGAAGGAGAGUUGCUGCGUGAAAGCUGCACAUGGAUGGGUACGAUCUUGCAGAUGUUUCUGGAUCUUGUUGUCACCACGGCAGAGCAUGCAGAGUUUAGCGUCUCCGAUGGUGUCAUGUCUGCUGAGACGGUGAGAAGGAUUUUUGAAGAACCACCCGGCGCGGUGCGGCGCAACGGGAACCGUCGCACCACUGACAUGCCGCUCCAGUACGACCCCGCACGGGAUGUCUUUUUGGUCGAGAGAGAGUUGGCGGUGAGUGCCCUCAUGACGGAGGAGGGGGUGACGGGGUCGAUGCGGUGGAACGACGCACAAACGAGGGAGGAAGAAGAAGAAGAAAAGGAUUCCUUCGAUGCCAUUUUUUUCCACGAGUUGGCGUCUUCCCGGCAGGAAGUCGAGGCGCCGCAGAAAAAAUUGGGAAAGACAGCAGAGGAGAUGCAUGCCACCGCCCAAGGACGCCUUCGCCACGUGCUCGUCACUUUCCGCGGCUACGUAGCUACAGUUGAUGCAAUCGAUAGGUCUGGGGAUCGUAUUGCCCUGUGCACACCACUCACCCGGUGGCUGCUGCAGAAAGUCGCGGAUGAAUGCGCCUAUCAGAAUAAUAAUAAUAAUAAUAAUAAUAAUAAUAAUAAUAAUAAUAAUAAUAAUGGCACUAUCAUGGAGCCAACACCGCAGAGUCUUUUUGAAGAGGCAAGUACCAUUUUACUCCAUAUUUGCCUUCGGAAGUGUAAAUUGGGCCACGGGAACGAUAAAAACACUCCGGCAGGCUCCCACCGCUGGUCUGGCUUGUUAUUGCUGCAGCUCAUGUCGCUUCUUACACGUAUUCCAGCAUCGCGUGAGGCUUCCACCGCUGUGGGGUGUACGGAGGGCUCCUUCCUGUACACGGCGUUGCUGUCGCUCCACAUGAAAAGGACCCCUAGCUGGUCUACCGACAAUAUACAGGCGCGGUAUAUGAGUUGUUGGGUUUUCUUCCACUCCCUUCUUUCAACACUUGCUUUGUCUCUUUUACGUGAAGGCAUUGAACAGUUUGCAUUUGCCAGAUUGGCCUUGGUGGAUGUGGCGCGACAAAUUGCUCGCAGGGUCGAGGAUCAUUUCUCCAUGCCGCUUUUGCGAGCCUCCGGGUGGUCAGCAUGGACGGACGAGCAAAUGUUUGCAUCACAUCAGAAGAAGGCGUACACCGCCGUGGACUACGCGCGGUUCCACAUGCCUGUUACCGCUCAUUGUUUUAUGGCGUCUGUUAUGAACACAUUUAUGCUCCACAUCCUGAGGGAGGCCACACGUCUGUAUCAACCGCGUGUGACUCCUGUUGCCGCCGUGCUUUUUGGGAAAAACCGGGAUUUGGAAUCGCCGCAGGAAUGCAUUCGAUGGGAGCGGUGUCUUCGAGGAGGUGGUGGUGGUCUCACGGUACGAAGAGGCGUGCAACCGUAUGCGUGUGAGGCCUUGGCGGUCCUCUCGUGUCUGCAUGACGAGAACAAAGCGGUUCUGGCGCGACGGCAGGAAUUGAUGGAGGAGUUCAUGACACGACGGGUGGAGUAUCGAGAACGCACAGCGAAAGAAAUUGCACGCCGUCGAAAAAACAGCGGUACUAACCAGCCGAAUCUAUCAAAUAGCACGCAACCCGCCGAAGGUGAUGAAUUCCAUGUUUUUGAGAAGUUGUUACCGUCCGCUUCUGUCAUGGUCUCUGCGGAUGUCUUCAGCUUCUUGCUCCCUGUGUUGUUCAUGGGAGGUGGGGCGUACAAGGCACUACGGCUUGCUUCGUCAGCGAUCCACGCCAGCAGAAUGUUGCGACACGCAGCAAAGCAGCCCAUGCCGUACCUUGUACAGGGUGAGAAGACUAUCCACAGGCGGGUGCGAAACGGUAGGACUGGGCGAAAGCAAAUCGUCCGCGUCCGCGUUCCUGUGCUGCGCGUCGUUGACGCUGAGGCAGAUGAACGGGAACGCAACGGCGCCGGUGCACGCCCCGUUGGCAUUUACAUGCAGCUCAGUGAAUAUGUUUUGGCGGAAAUAGCAAGAAUGGGUAUGCGAAUGGGGACUGCCGGCGCAAAGCUUGUGCGUGGGGUGUGUGAGGACAGUGUGCGCGGCAUGCUGGUGGACUAUGCUGCAGGGCGAUGUUUUCCCUCACCAGACGCAGCUGAUGUACACAGCGAUGGUUCCAUCACAGCCGCCUUUGGUGCAAAGGUACUAAAGGCCAUUUUGUUAUUUGCUGGUGUCAAUGAUCAUGUCGGUGGUGGUGGUCAUGAUCUUAUGCAAAAAACAAGUCAAGUGGCGGGUCUUGCCGUCCUUGAGCGCCGCAUUCCACCAACGGCGCUCUUAUUGGAGAUUGUUGUGGCCCUAACGCCAACCAAAAACCGCGAGGCGCACACUUUGUAUCAGCGUAUCUGCAGCAUGGACCCGAGAACCCUCGUCACCGAUCGGGUGUUAUUGGCGCAGCACUAUCAUGCUGCCCGACAUCACUUUGGGCGUGCAAGUAGUGUGGCCGCCGCUGUAUGGCUCGAUUUCAUUCGCACAGGUGCGACAUCGCUGUCGCGCCCCUCCACUAUCAUCCUGCAGAAGGAAAUAGAGCAGCUGCCCGCUCCCGUGGAGUUUGGGGAGGAGCCACUGGUGGCCGAGCCUCAUCAUCACCAUCGUGAGAGGACGCCGGCACCACGCACAGUGAAGGAGCUGCGGGAUUGUCUGGAGCAGUCGGGAAAAGAAGGCGCUGUCGUCUCCACCACCAGUCGAUAUCGCGGCGGCUACACAACAUACGUGGCGCAGUCUCUCGCGGCGCACGCCACGGACACCAUUGCCCUACGCCGGAUGCGGUGGGCCCUUUUGGCCAGCACGCUUCUUGCCGUCACACAUGACAGGCUCACGGGAACGCAAGGCGUUUGGCCUCGACUGCUGCUCCGCAAUACUUUCAUAAUGGCCAUUCAAGCCACCAGCCUUCAAGAACGCGAGCGGGACACGCAGGCGACUGUGCGUGUCUUCCUUCUUACUGAUAUUUUUAGUCCUGUCACUGCCGCAGUGGAGAAGUCGGACGAAGACGUACUGCUGUGGUGCUCCGACAAUGUGCGGAACCUGCCGCAGUACCUCGCAGCUCAGAUACGGCUAGCGGAAGAACUGCAGACGCAUCCACAAGACGGUGAAUUCAUGGACAAGAUCCGCCUCGGUCUGCAACUCUUGCCUCUCUUUAAGGCCUCCAUGGGCCUGCAAGAAUACGAUACCACACAAACGAAUGCAUGGCGCCUUCUGGAGCCAUUCCUUGGGCACCCGGAGCUGGCGAUUGCAUGGUUGCACGAAUCCCUCUUUGGUGUUUCGCGUUCCCUCCUCAUAUGGAUUACCGCACACGUCGAUACAAAAGACCAGCAAGCUGCCUUCUCUCUCGCCGCGUGGACGAUACUCCUUUACUACAACCAAGCUGUAGAUGAUGCAGUGAAGCAUGCCGUACUCCAAGCGGUCUGCAGGAAACUUACAGCCGAAAAAUCACAAAGAAUAAAUGAAUGGAUGCAUAUUGCCGGAGAAAAAUCCAAUAACUACCGUAAAAAUUUAAGCUAA